CUUAAGUCAGGUGACCUGAUUUUGGAUGUCAAUAACAUCAGUCUGAUAGGGGUGACCAAUGAGAGGGCGGUGGAGAUUUUGAGGACAGCAUCGCUCUCUAAUCACAUGUCCCUGCUGGUCGCCAGAGACGAUGAAUCCAGGAGGGAGUUUGCUGAGCUGAUGGAAAAGUACGGCUCCAAUAAUAUCCCAGCUUCAGGACGAAUCUCUCCUACUCAGCUCUCCACAGGGAAGCUGACGGACACGGCCUCCUCCUCCUCCUCCUCCAGAUCAGAGAGCCCCCAGCUCCUCAGUCCUAAAGAGGGGGUCACCGCCUACACCCACGCCAACCCCCCCUACACCGUGCACACGCCCACACCUGCCUUCAGUGACAGUGUCAUUCAGUUGAUAUGCGUUGCCAAGGGAACAGGCCUGGGGCUGGUCAUCAAGGGCGGAGCGAACCGUGCAGAAGGACCAAUGGUGUUCAUUCAGGAAAUAGUGCCUGGAGGAGACUGCCAGAAGGACGGCAGGCUGCAGGUCGGGGACCAGCUGGUGUCCAUCAACAAAGAGUCUCUGAUCGGAGUGACGUAUGAGGAGGCCCGGAGCAUCCUGACACGCACCAAACUCAGACCGGACCCCACAGUGGAAAUUGCCUUCAUCCGGCGGAGGUCGUCCUCCAGCUCCAGCAGCGGGCCUCACAGCCCCAUCUCCCUCCAGGGGUCCGGUGGCGGAGGUGGACCCCAGACGAGGGCCCCGGGGCCGGGCGUCACACCUCCGCAGCCCACCGUGAUCACCAAGAUCACCUCCAGCCGGAACCCCGCCAGCGAGACUCUGCCGGCGGUCAGCGUCAGCCAGGUGCGAGUGUCUUCAGCCGAGCAGAUUCGAGUGUCGUCUCCUCCAGAGAGCGACAGCAUCGCAGAGGCAAACCCAGAACCUGCCAGCAGUCAGCCUCAUCAGAGGACGUGUUCCCUCAGCACCACCUGUCGCCUCCGAGUGGAGAGGCUGGAGCAGGCUCUGGAUCUGCUCGGUCUGAAGCCCACAGAGGCUCAGCGGCAGGCGAUCAGGUCCAGGCUCCGAGCUGAUCCGGCUGGGACGGUGGCCUUCACAGAUUUUGAGAGCCUGAUCAGGGAGCUGUUCAAGCCUCAGCUGGAGGAGUUGACCGUCACCCAGCCGGGGUCAAAGUUUGCAUCUGAUGACCUGUCCAGUUUGUUGGAGUCGCCCACUAACGCACAGCCGUCACUGUCAGACUCGGAGGACCUGGAGGAGAUGGAGAGGCUGAGGAAGGAGCACAUCGAGGCUCUGAGGGAGAUCAAGAGGCUGCAGGAGCAGCUGGUCGAAUCUCAGAGAGUUCACCAUCAGAUGGAGGAGGAGCUCAGCAAAGUCAAACAGGAAGUAAAACUCGGAGCGGAGGAGAGUCGGGCUCUCAGGACUCGGAUCCAGCUGGCCGAGGCGGCUCAGAAACAGGCGAGGGGGAUGGAGAUGGACUACGAGGAGGUGAUCCACCUGCUGGAGGCCGAGAUCGCGGAGCUGAAGACCCAAAGAGUGGAGCAACCGGUGUCGACCAAUAAGGAGGAGAUGGACGAGCUGAAGAAGAGAGUGGCCGUCCUGGAGUGUCAACUACGGAAGAGCGAUGCGGCCAAAAAGGGCUUUGAGAUGUCAACAGGAAAACUUCUGAGUUUCGUGGAGAAUGUUCAAGAGUUCCUGCUUGAAAGCCACGGACCAACGAAGAGCUACAGCUCCGGGGACGUUAAAGUCGGAGCGUCGUCUCAAGCCCUCCCUCCUCGCUACAAGAAGACUCCCUGGACUUCGGCCACGCUCGCCCAGGAGGCGAAGGAGCUCACCCGGACCGUCAGAGCCAUCCUGGAGGUCGACUUGCUGACCUUCUAGAGGACCCGGCUGUAGCAGAACAAAGUCAGCAAGUCUCUGAGACGUCAGCAGGAACUCGACAGCCAACCGUGAACCCGAACCUCUUCCCUGACAAGUCCUCAUCUCCUCAGAACCUGCUAGCAAUGGACUCAUGUCUUAACUCUGCAUGACACUGUUCUGUUUCUGUCCAGCUGCACAUUUAUUACUGCACAUUUCUGCAUAGUCAGAACAAACUAAGCAGCGGUUUUAUUCCAGUGUUUUAACCUGAAUAAUGUGGAGAAGAAGUGUGGAGUCAUUGUAGUUCAAAUUCAUAAUCUGCAUAAUGGACUCGUUACUCAAACUGCAGUUUUUUCUGAAAAAGUUUCUCCAAACAACCAGGUGAGACACCUGCAGGACGUUCUGACAGGUUAAUACACUGGAAGGAGACAGUUGCAAAGUCGAUGGACUACAUGAAGGUUAAAAGAUUUUGCCCACUGGUCACCUUAUUAAUGAUGCAAUGAGAGUAAUGGAAUCAGAACUGUCUGUUAAAUCUUCGGGUUACAGGAUGUUGACAAACUGUCUUGAUAGUUCUGACCUCUGAGGAAACUGAGACCUGAACCCAGAGAGUCCAGAAUGGAGGAAGCUCCUGUAGCUGUUGUGUUUCCAGGCAGCUCUGAGACAGCAGUCGGUAUGAUUCCAGCUUCCAUAACACAGUGAACCUGUCUACCAAUAUGCAACCCAGCUAAUAAGCUAACCAGUUAAAUAGCUAGCAGAGGGAUCCAGCAUGUUCCUGGCUGACUGGCAUGUUAGCCGUUAGUUUGUUGUCUAGAGUAAUUUACAAACUAUCUGCUGUGCCGAUAGUCAGAAAAGUUGCUGUUCCACUUUUCCGAUAUGAGCAAGGAUUUAAGAUGCUGGUUGGCCAAAUCAUUUUGGCUUAUUGAGUUAGCCUGAAGGAGUGAGUUAGCCUAAAGAAGUGAGUUAGCAUAAAGAAGCCUAAAUAGGUGAGUUAGCCUGAAGGAGCAAGUUAACCUAAAGAGGCGAGUUAGCCGAAAGAGCUAAGCUAUCCUAAAGAGGUGAGUUAGGCUAAAGGGGUGAGUUAGCCUAAAGGAGCAAGUUAGCAUAAAGAAGUUACUUAUCCUAAAUAGGCAAGUUAGCCUAAAUAGGUGAGUUAGCCUAAAAAGCUAAGUUAUCCUAAAGAGGUAAGUUAACCUAAAGAGGCCAGCUAGCCAAAAGAGCUAAGUUAUCCUAAAGAGGUGAGUUAGGCUAAUGGAGUGAGUUAGCCUAAAGGAGCAAGUUAGCCUAAAGGAGCGAGUUAGCAUAAGAAAGUGACUUAGCCUAAAUAGGCGAAUUAGCCUAAAUAGGCGAGUUAUCCUAAAGAGGUGAGUUAGCCUAAAGAGCUAAGUUAGCCUAAAGAGGUGAGUUAGGCUAAAGGAGUGAGUUAGCCUAAAGGAGCAAGUUAGCCUAAAGGAGCGUUAUCCUAAAGAGGUCAGUUAGCGUAAAGGGGCAAGUGAGCCUAAAGAGCAGGUUAGCCUAAAGAGGUGAGUUAGCCUGAAGAGGCAGGUUAGUCUAAAGAGGUGAGUUAGCCUAAAGAGGUGAGUUAGCCUAAAGAGGUGAGUUAGCCUGGCAGUUUAGUUUUCAAAUGUAAAGAUUUCAGCUUGUUCAGUUAAUGUAUCUUUAAGUUCUUACUUUCAACAAGUCAGCUAGGAUUAUCAGACAAGCUAUUUAAAGCUAAAGUGUUAGCGUUCAUCAAAAUCCAAUCCAGAAAUGUGCCAAAACAGAUCAAAUCAAUUGUGGGUAAAGUGAGCAAUGGACAAAACCGCCAAAAGUCUGGUGUAGCCCUGUAAAGUUUACCCAACCUCCGUCUGUUUAGCAUCAUCAUAUCUUCAUUUAGCAAACAGAAUGAAACAAUAGGAAACUUUAAAGUCACAGUAUCAUAUGGUUGCCAUGUACCGUAGCUAACGUUCUGCUGCAGAGCGAGCUAAUACAGUUAGACAAUAACCUACAGUAGCUUUCUGUCUGUCUCGCUGUCAUUUAAUCAAUGUUUAGCUUUGUGUUUGAGUGGCUGGACGCUUGUGUUCGUGCAGUAGAUUAGCCAGCAAAACAAAGCGUAGACGCAUCCUCAAACAGUCGAAAAGGAGAAAUCCUAAAAAAAGAGGAGUGCAGAUGGGAUGAAGGCAUGCGGUAAAGGAGCCACGACACCCACAUGGAAAUCCAGCCAUAACGCUCUGAUACCAGCAGGGAUUAAAGGACUCUUAGGCGCUUUUUCAUGUUUGGAGUUAUUUGCUGUUUGUCCUUCAUCGUUUUAUGAGUAAACACUCUGAAACAAAUGAUCCACAGAUUACGAGUUGUUCUUUCCAAAGAACACCAGCCACCUGAAGCUCAACCUGUGUAAAAUCUCAUCAUAAUUUCUGCACUAUUUCACAGAC